AUGUGUAGCCGCUAUCCGCAUCUGCGUGGCUUACCAAUAGAUAGUUACGAGAAGAUAUCGCCAAAGCUUUUGAUUGGUCUUGACAACUUGAAGCUCACGGUGCCUCUGAAGAUAAGAGAAGGAAAGUGGGCAGAUCCGAUAGCUGCCAAGAGCCGUAUUGGAUGGAGCAUUUACGGAUGUGCGAUGGCACCAACAACAACAGUCGUAUGUGGGCUUCAUUUUGGAGGAUGGACCGAUCAAGAGCAAGAGCUCAACCAAUUAGUUCGUGACUAUAUAACAUUGGAUAAUGCCGGCGUAACUCACACUACUGCCUUAUUGGAGUCUGAUGAAAACAAGCGCGCAAGAAUGCUGCUGGAGACAACUACCAGCAGAGUAGGUGAAGCAUUUGAAACUGGACUCCUGUGGAAGAUGGAUCAAGUUCGAUUUCCUAGCAGUUACGGCAUGGCAUACAGACGAUUGUGUUCAUUGGAAAGACGACUGCAAAGGGAUCCAGCUCUGUAUGAACGAGUUAGGCUGCUGAUACGGGACUACGAGGUGAAGCAGUACGCCCAUAGGGCAACGCAGUACGAACUAUCCUCCACCAAUCCGGAUCAGUGUUGGUAUCUACCAUUGGGAAUUGUAAUAAAUCCUAAGAAGCCUGAAAAGUUGAGGAUAAUCUGGGACGCUGCAGCUACAGUGGACGGCAUAUCUCUAAAUUCAGCCCUAUUGAAGGGACCAGAUUUCUUAACAUCGCUGCCGGGAGUAAUUGGAAAAUUUCGCAUGUAUCGGUACGCGCUUACCGGUGAUAUCAGGGAAAUGUUCCAUCGAUUUUUCAUCCGCCCUCAAGAUCGUCAGUUCCAGAGAUUUUUAUUCCGGGACCAUCCACAUCAAAAUCCAGUAAUUUAUGUCAUGGACGUGGCAAUCUUUGGUGCUUCCUGUUCACCUAGCAGCGCUCAAUUUAUUAAAAAUCUAAACGCCAAAGACUUCGAAGUGAAAUAUCCUCGAGCAGCAGCUGCCAUUGUCCAUCGUCACUACGUGGACGAUUAUCUAGACAGCUUCGGAACGGUAGCUGAGGCAGUGAAGAUUGGUAAGGAGGUGAAAGCAAUUCACGCAGCUGGUGGAUUCGAAAUCAGGAAUUUCUUAUCCAACGAUACAAUGAUUGCAGCACAAGUGGGUGAAGAAUCAUCAGAAACAAUGAAGACUAUUUGUGUGGAGAAGAAUGAACGGAUUGAAUCUGUAUUGGGAAUGAAAUGGUUACCUGUUAGCGAUAUCUUUACAUUCAACCUUUCUUUAAGAGACAACAUGUUACGCGUUCUCGACAAGGCAUACAUUCCCACAAAACGAGAAGUCCUGCGCUUUGUAAUGACCUUUUUCGACCCGAUGGGAUUGAUUGCUUUCUUCCUGAUCCACGGACGCAUUCUAAUGCAGAACAUCUGGUCGAUUGGAAUUGGUUGGGAUGACCCUAUCAGCGAAACAAUCUGGGUGCAAUGGAAAAAAUGGAUCGAUUUGAUUCCGGAGCUAAGUACUCUGCGUAUCCCCCGUUGUUAUUUCCGCGACGCUGUAGAAAGCAUGUAUUCCCAGUUGCAAGUCCACGUGUUUGUCGAUGCAAGUCAGUAUGCCUACGCAUGCGCGGUGUACUUCAGAGUGGAAACAUCUAGAGGUCCAGCGGUAAGCCUUGUAGCAGCGAAAUCAAAAGUUGCACCGCUGAAGAUGCUGACGAUACCACGGCUUGAAUUACAAGCAGCAGUUUUGGGAUCCCGUCUACUCAAUACUGUAAUUUCCAUGCAUGCAAUCCCAGUAACCAAGCGUGUAUUAUGGUCCGAUUCAAAUACUGUUCUCGCCUGGAUUCGUUCCGACCAGCGACGGUAUCAUCAAUACGUCGGGUUUCGGAUCGGUGAAAUUCUUUCGAUGACGGAUGUCACAGAAUGGAGGAAGGUUCCUGGAGAGCAGAAUGUAGCCGAUGAUGCGACCAAGUGGGGAAAGGGUCCGCAUAUCAGUUUCGACAGUCGGUGGUUUCGUGGACCGGAUUUCCUCAGAGAAGCAGAAGAGUUCUGGCCUGGAGGGUACGAUCGUAUUGAUCCGACGGAUGAGGAGCUGAUAUCUUGUAAUAUUCAUACGACUGUCCAAACCCAGCUGAUAGAUGUUGGCAGAUUCGAAUACUCAACGGUCUAG